UGAAAAGUCUGCAUCUGUCAAGUUCAUCAGAAUGCUGGUCAGUUGCAAGGUCACUUAGUCGAGUACAGGAUUGGUCAUGUCUAUGUUUGUAACGCUGUACAGAACAUGUCUUUCGUAGCAGCUCGGCAGGAAUAACCGGAAUGCUGUCACGAUCAGUCCCUUGCCUUCCAACCUGCCUCCUCCGGUUGCAAAGCCAGCAAAAUAACUUGCCCCCUGGACAAGUCGAGGCACGUGUGUUGCUCCAAAAAUGAGCUCAACCCCGCGUGCUGUAACGCUAACGGGGGUGAGGUGCUCGCCUUGCGCACAGCUUGUGGCUCGAGAACUGCAGCCGCCGAUCGGACCAACUCAAACUCACAGAUCUGCAAGGGUGAUCUUCGUCCAUUCACAACUGUUUGCAUUGCUGUAACAUCGAGACAAGUAAGUUCAGCUCCGGCUGCCGGCGAGAAAUAUCUUCAAGUUGGAGGAUUUCGGACGGAGCUAGUUCCAAGUUGCAUAUAUAGACCGUACGAUUCUGCACAGCGUGAAGCAUUGCGAGGAAUAAGUCUUUUGACUUUCAGUUCCAUGCUGGAGGGCUGGAGUCAAAGCGGCCUGGCUGUCAGGUCCCAUUCACAGCGAGCAAAUGCCAAACUCGUCCUUGCUUUGUGCCCUGUGCCCACCGGCUCAUCAUCAGCAUACAUAAACAAUGCCAACAUUCGUCUGUCUGGCUGUGCUUCUGCGACCAAUCAACGCGCAAUCAACUGUUCCAGAGUGGCUUGGAUCCUGAAUGCAACAUCGACUUUGGUCAGGAUUCUCAUGGAUCUUGCUAUACAAGUACCAGAUUCUGGGAAAUUGAGAUAUCUUGCGUCCAGGACCGACCGAAGACCAACGGAUACCGCAAAUCCUGGUCCCCAGGCCUUUGAUAGGUACGGAACUAUGCAAAGCCGUCACGGGCAUAUUCUUCCUUUGCUUCGGAGCCAAUAGCACUCGCUCGAGCCCAGGAGUCGGUUCCAACUUUCCUAUCCCAACACUGUGACGUCAAAUUCAGCAUUCUUCCAAUCCGACUGCAACAAUCAGUUCCACGGCUGUAAGAGCAUCCAGGGACAUGCCAAGGAGGGAAGCCAUCACAGCGACUUGUGACCUCGCACGGAGGCCAUGACACUUCGGUCACUAAGAGUCCCUCGUUGACAUGUCCACACUGUUCUAUACUUUGGUAUAAGUUUUUGAAACAUACAUUUGCACAAAGCAAUCAUGAAACAAGUUCAGGGUUUACUGUCCUCGUGCCUUCAUUUCAUUUUACAUUUUACAUAAGAUCGAAAUUUUAUUUACUUUUUCUAAUGA